AUGGGUGGGAGGAAGGAGCUCUGUAGAACUUACAGCAAUUUAUAUGGAGAGAACACCAUGUCUACCGGGUGUUCAUUUCCUGGUGCUCUGGACCUUCCUACCUCCCCUCAACUACAAGGUCGGCAGUACGGGGGUCGUACCUCAACUCACCCUCCUAUUCUAGAGAUAUUACACAGCAAUGGAAAGAACAUUGGUCCGCUGAGAGAUGGGACCACAUCCUGCCUCUUAACACCGUACUGGGCAUGUGACUACUGCAAGCCAGUUAAUGUCCCUGAGCCUCAGGGUGAAACUAUGAGAAUUGCCUCUUCAGAAUUUGCUGACGACCCAUGUUCAUCAGUGAAGCGUGGCACCAUGGUGCGAGCUGCCCGAGCCUUGCUCUCAGCCGUUACUCGUUUGCUCAUUUUAGCUGACAUGGCCGAUGUCAUGAGACUUUUAUCUCACUUGAAGAUUGUUGAAGAAGCUCUGGAAGCUGUGAAAAAUGCUACAAAUGAGCAAGACCUUGCAAAUCGUUUUAAGGAGUUUGGAAAAGAGAUGGUGAAAUUGAACUAUGUAGCUGCCAGAAGACAGCAGGAACUGAAGGACCCUCACUGUAGGGAUGAGAUGGCCGCUGCCCGAGGGGCUCUAAAGAAGAAUGCCACUAUGCUAUACACAGCGUCGCAAGCAUUUCUCCGUCACCCAGAUGUGGCUGCCACAAGGGCCAACCGGGACUAUGUGUUCAAACAAGUCCAGGAAGCUAUCGCUGGCAUUUCAAAUGCAGCUCAGGCUACUUCGCCCACUGAUGAAAACAAAGGGCACACUGGCAUUGGGGAGCUGGCUGCUGCCCUCAAUGAGUUUGACAACAAGAUUAUUUUAGACCCUAUGACAUUCAGUGAGGCUCGAUUCAGACCAUCUCUAGAAGAAAGGCUAGAGAGCAUCAUCAGUGGUGCGGCGCUGAUGGCAGAUUCUUCUUGUACUCGUGAUGACCGUCGGGAGAGAAUCGUAGCCGAGUGUAAUGCAGUCCGACAGGCCCUCCAGGACCUGCUCAGUGAAUACAUGAAUAAUGGUUCCUCCCCAAAGUAUGUUACCACUGUGUCCCAGUAUGAGAUCUCCCCAUCCCCUCUGAUUGUGUUUGCAUCUACUGCCAGAGUUUCUAAUUACAGCCCAGGUGGUAAAUAUAAGACAGGUUCUUCAAAGGCAUCACAGGAUGUAUCAUCUCAGCCCCGCUUAGUAAAUGCAAUAGAUGAGUGUGUGCAUGGUUCCUCGGAGGCAAGGAAGUUUACGAUUUCAUCAUUGCGUCUUCAAGGACCCACAUAUUCUCUUUGGACUUUUGAUUUCCAUGUUAUCAUCAGCAUCAUCACCAUCACCAUCAUCAAUUAG